CCCACCACCCAUUGAAAUUAAAAAACAGUUAUGUCUUCUCUUCCCCCCAACCUAUUCUCUAACUCUGCUGUAAAGAAAAAAGAAAUACUAAAAAAACCCAUCUAAAUUCCAUUUCUUUGUGCAGAAAACAUAGUGGCCUAGCUGUUUCUUGGAUCCAGAGAUUCUGGUCUGGGUUUCUUUCAAUUAGUUUAAUGCUAUUACACAUCUACUACUGUUUUUACUAAUCUUCUAACAAAAGAACAUUAGCCCGCAGGACAUGAUCAUAUGGUUCCUCCCAUUGUCCCUCCUCCCUAGGCUCAAACCCUCUUCCUUUCUGCAGCUGUAAUGCCUGUAAAUCCAUGGACCCUCUUCUCCUUCUUAUUCCUCUCCUCUACCCUUGUAUCUCUCUUUCCUUUUACAGCUUCUGCUCUCAACCAACAAGGAGAAACUCUUCUUUCAUGGAAGAGAAGCUUGGAUGGAUCACCUGAGGGGUUGGAUGAUUGGGAUUCAAGCAAUGAAACUCCAUGUGGAUGGUUUGGAAUCACUUGCAAUCUCAACAAUGAAGUUGUAUCGUUGGAGUUUAGGUAUGUUGAUUUGUUUGGAAAACUACCCUCCAAUUUUACCUCACUGUUUUCCUUAAACAAGCUUAUUCUGUCUGGAACCAAUCUCACUGGUUCAAUCCCAAAAGAGAUUGGCACUGCUCUUCCUCGGUUGACUCACUUAGACUUGAGUGACAAUGCCUUAACCGGCGAAAUCCCAAGUGAGCUUUGUGCCUUGAUCACGCUUGAAGAACUCCUUCUCAACUCAAAUCAACUUGAGGGCUCCAUUCCAAUCGAAAUCGGAAACCUCACUAGCUUGAAAAGGCUAAUCCUCUACGACAAUCAACUUAGUGGUUCCAUGCCUAACACCAUAGGCAAGUUGAGGUAUCUCGAAGUGAUUAGAGCUGGUGGCAACAAGAAUCUCGAAGGCUCGUUACCUCAAGAAAUUGGCAACUGCAGCAACUUGUUGAUACUAGGCCUAGCAGAGACAAGCAUCUCAGGUUUUCUCCCACCAAGCCUCGGCCUCCUUAAAAAACUCCAAACCAUUGCCAUUUACACUUCCCUCCUUUCCGGCCAAAUCCCUCCAGAACUUGGUGAUUGCACCGAGCUCCAGGACAUAUACCUUUAUGAAAACUCACUCACUGGAUCAAUCCCGAAAACAUUAGGCCAACUCCAAAACCUUAAAAACCUCUUGCUCUGGCAAAACAACUUGGUUGGUGUCAUCCCUCCAGAGCUCGGAAACUGCGACCAAAUGUUGGUCAUUGACAUAUCAAUGAAUUCCUUAACCGGAAGCAUUCCUCAAUCAUUUGGCAAUCUAACUGAACUUCAAGAAUUCCAGCUUAGCCUCAAUCAAAUCUCCGGAGUAAUCCCUGCGCAACUUGGAAAUUGCCAGAAGCUCACUCACAUCGAACUCGACAACAAUCAAAUCAGUGGCUCAAUCCCACCUGAAAUAGGUAACUUAUCAAACCUCACACUCUUUUACUUAUGGCAGAACAGACUCGAAGGCAACAUACCGCCUUCCAUUUCCAACUGUCAAAAUCUAGAAGCCAUAGAUUUAUCCCAAAAUGACCUGGUGGGACCUAUUCCAAAAGGAGUUUUUCAGCUGAAGAAACUCAACAAGCUCUUGCUUCUUUCCAACAAUCUCUCUGGUGAAAUACCACCCGAGAUUGGAAACUGCUCGUCUUUGAUUCGUUUUCGAGCUAAUAACAACAAGGUUGCCGGAACAAUUCCACCCCAGAUUGGAAAUUUGAAGAAUUUGAACUUCUUGGAUCUCGGAUCGAACCGGAUUGCUGGAGACAUCCCGGAAGAAAUCUCGGGUUGUCAGAAUCUCACAUUUUUGGAUUUGCAUUCAAAUGCUAUAUCUGGGAACUUGCCACAGAGUUUUAACAAGCUUGUUUCACUCCAGUUUGUUGAUUUCUCCAAUAACUUGAUUGAAGGAACUUUGAGUGCAAGUCUUGGUUCGCUGAGUUCACUCACGAAGCUCAUUCUUGCUAAGAACAAGCUUUCAGGUUCCAUUCCGAAUCAACUCGGUUCCUGCUCCAAGUUACAGUUGUUGGACCUGAGUGGAAAUCAUUUAUCAGGGAACAUUCCGUCGAGUGUUGGAAAGAUUCCGUCACUGGAAAUCGCUCUGAAUCUCAGCUUGAAUCAACUUAACGGAGAGAUUCCGUCAGAGUUCACUGGGCUAACGAAGCUUGCCAUUUUGGAUUUUUCUUAUAAUCAUCUAUCUGGCGAUCUUCAACAUCUCGCAGCAUUGCCAAAUCUCGUCGUGCUUAAUGUCUCGCACAACAAUUUCUCGGGUCACGUGCCUGACACGCCCUUCUUCUCCAAGCUUCCUCUCAGUGUUCUUACCAGUAAUCCCGCUCUUUGCUUCUCCGAUAGCCAGUGUGAUGGCGAUGACAAGCGCGUGAAGCGAGGGACGGCAGCACGUGUGGCAAUGGUGGUGCUGUUGUGCACGGCGUGUGCUCUUCUUUUGGCAGCGCUCUACAAUAUCCUAGGAAGCAAAAAGCAUGGCCGUGGGGCCCAAGAGUGCGAUAGUGAUGACGGCUUGGAGAUGAGGCCGCCUUGGGAAGUGACUUUAUACCAGAAACUAGACUUGUCAAUUGCUGAUGUGGCACGAUCGCUGACAGAUGGCAAUGUGAUCGGGCGAGGCCGGUCCGGGGUGGUGUAUAAGGUUGCCAUCCCGUCAGGGCUGAUGGUAGCAGUUAAGAGGUUUAAGUCAGCAGAGAAGAUUUCAGCAGCGUCAUUUUCAUCCGAGAUUGCUACGUUGGCGAUAAUUCGGCACCGGAAUAUCGUCCGGUUACUCGGGUGGGGAGCAAACCAGAAAACAAAGCUGUUGUUUUAUGAUUACAUGGCUAAUGGCACGUUAGGGACAUUGUUACAUGAAGCGAAUGAUGUUGGGUUGGUGGAGUGGGAGAUGAGGAUCAAGAUCGCAUUAGGGGUGGCAGAGGGGCUAGCUUAUUUGCACCAUGAUUGCGUGCCACCGAUUUUGCACCGAGAUGUGAAAUCUCAUAACAUCUUGCUUGGGGACCGGUAUGAGGCAUGUUUAGCCGAUUUCGGGCUCGCUAGGGAGGUUGAAGACGAGCAUGGAUCAUUCUCUGCAAGUCCACAAUUUGCAGGGUCCUAUGGAUACAUUGCACCAGAGUACGCUUGCAUGCUUAAAAUCACUGAAAAGAGUGAUGUGUAUAGCUAUGGAGUAGUCCUUUUAGAGAUAAUAACGGGGAAGAAGCCGGUGGAUCCAUCAUUCCCGGAUGGCCAGCAUGUUGUCCAAUGGGUCAGAGACCACCUGAAGUGCAAGAAGGACCCAGUUGAAAUACUUGAUCCUAAACUGCAAGGCCACCCAGACACACAGAUACAGGAAAUGCUUCAAGCUCUUGGAAUCUCUCUUCUUUGCACAAGCAAUCGCGCUGAAGAUCGCCCGACAAUGAAAGAUGUGGCAGUAUUAUUAAGGGAGAUUCGACAAGAACCGACUGUAGGAAGCGACGCCCACAAGCCGACUAACAAAUCAUCGAAAAUGAUGGGAACCAAUCCAUCGUACUCAUCAUCCUCGGUGACCCCAGCUCAAUUGUUGAUGCUUCAACAAGGGUCUUCUCGUUGCUCGCUCGCUUACUCAUCUUCAUCAGCUAGCAUCGCGUCAAGCGCUAAUCAAUAACGAACUCCUUGUGUAGUAUCGAGAUUUAUUCUAGCAUCAGUAUUGUUUUUUAGAAUAGGGAAAUGCAUAAGGUGUGAGCACCACAAGGGUGUUAUUGCAUUGAUCAGCAAUUAACCAGGUACCAAGAUGAUAAACUUGAGUACAUAGAAAUUUGCAUUUAUUGUCUCUACUCUCUAGUAAAUGGUGUUAAUUAUUGUGAUUAA